AGGGAGGGUUAAGUCGUCCCGGGAGCAGAGCAAGUCGGCGGAGGAGGCUUUGGCAGCGGCUGGCGACAUGGACAACGCAGGGAAGGAGCGAGAAGCGGUCCAGCUGAUGGCGGAGGCCGAAAAACGAGUGAAGGCCUCCCACUCCUUCCUCCGAGGACUGUUCGGAGGGAACACGAGAAUAGAAGAGGCAUGUGAAAUGUAUACCAGAGCCGCAAAUAUGUUCAAGAUGGCCAAGAACUGGAGUGCUGCAGGAAAUGCGUUUUGUCAAGCCGCCAAGCUCCACAUGCAGCUUCAGAGCAAACAUGACUCUGCUACCAGCUUUGUGGAUGCUGGAAAUGCUUACAAGAAGGCAGACCCUCAAGAGGCUAUCAACUGCUUAAAUGCAGCCAUCGACAUUUACACAGACAUGGGAAGGUUUACAAUCGCAGCCAAGCAUCACAUCACGAUUGCAGAGAUCUAUGAGACUGAGCUUGUGGACAUUGAGAAGGCUAUUGCACACUAUGAGCAAUCUGCUGAUUAUUACAAAGGAGAAGAAUCUAACAGCUCUGCUAACAAGUGUCUGCUGAAGGUGGCAGCCUACGCUGCACAGCUGGAGCAGUAUCAGAAAGCCAUCGAGAUCUACGAGCAGGUAGGAGCAAACACUAUGGAUAACCCCUUGUUGAAGUACAGUGCAAAGGAUUACUUCUUCAAGGCAGCGCUCUGCCAUUUUAUAGUGGAUGAGCUGAAUGCCAAGCUUGCUCUUGAGAAAUACGAGGAAAUGUUUCCAGCAUUUACUGACUCCAGAGAAUGUAAAUUAUUGAAAAAACUUCUAGAAGCCCAUGAAGAACAGAACAGUGAAGCUUACACUGAAGCAGUGAAGGAGUUUGACUCAAUAUCACGCUUGGAUCAGUGGCUGACCACCAUGUUGCUUCGUAUCAAGAAGUCCAUCCAAGGGGAUGGAGAAGGAGAUGGAGACCUCAAGUGAAGUGCUGACCUCUUUGUGGCAUGCAGCUCAUUCCUUUUUAGUUUUGUCUUCAGGCAAAGCGAUCUUUCUGGGAUGCUCAUUUAAUGACUUAAUUUUGUUGUAAAUAAGCCACACAAUUUAUGUCAUAGUUUCAGCUCGCCAUGUCUGUGUUACUGUGAGAAUGGGAAGCUUCUAUUCAGUUUGUGGUUAUGACAGCCAAAGUAUAUAAUGCUUAUCAGAGUCCUCAUCGUUUUCUGAGAAGUACUGCCAAAUCUUAUUCCUGUUUCUCUGAUAUUUUCAGGGCCCAUGAUCAAUGUUGCCAUGUGUUUUUCCUUUUUCCCUAAACUCUGGUACUCAACCCAGUUUUAUAGAUGCUUUGCAAAGACAUUGUGCAUUGGUAUCUGGAUGGACCCUUUAUACAAGUGGUUUAGUUUAGGAUGGUUAUUAGGAAUAAGUUUUUAAUUCAGAUAGAAACUGUCUGGCUUUCUUUUAUAGUUAUUUUGAUGGUGCUAGUGAUGAAUUAAUUUCCUUUUUAUUUUGCCCCAUAUGCUCACAUGUACAUGGCAGGCACUGAGAACAGCUGGGAUCUGUUGGCAUCACUUGCAUUAUAAGGGAAAGGAACUUGCUGGCAGGUUCUGUGGUCCUAUUAUAUGGAUGAAUGUCAAGGUGGAUUUCAUUGAUAUAUAUUUUUUUAACUUACACAACAAUCUAUGAGAAAUGAAUUUUUUUUCCCUUACCAAGAGUUUCCACUUUUAGGCAUAAUGGAAAUCUUCAUAUUUUCACAAAAAUGUUAUAACUGGUAUCUCCUUCGUUCUCACACUUAUACAUUCCUCACAUUGAUUCUGGGCCAUGGUCAUGCCAAGCUUGAGCAGAGUUGGACAGAAGAUUCCAGCUGAAGCUUGAGAGUGUGUGGUUAGUGUCCAUAUGUUGAGCAUGGUAGUUAAGUGGGGGUCAGUGUGGCAUGUGUUUGUUAUCUCUGGUUGGAUAAGAACCUUACCUAUGUCUGAUGAUCCCUGGUUUAUUCUUAACUGAAGUGACUUCACGUGUAUGUAUGAGUUCUCUUGUCCCAUUUGAUUUAUAUAAGAUGUAUGCUCUGUUAUUACAGAGUUUGACUCUCCCUGCUACUUUAUAUGCUGAUACAGUACUGUAGACAUGGUCUUGCUUCCUGAGUUGCCUGUGCAUUUGUAUGCUGAGAUGAUCUGUGCUUAAAGAGCAUGUGUUACUAGAAAUACUUCAUAGUCCUAAUGUACUGCUGUCAUGUGACAGACAGGUAUGAAAUGGCACCGGAAUGGUGUUUUCAUCUUUGGAUGGCCCUGGAGUAGGGUUGGCGGCACGAACUGUGCAGUAGAGUGGCUAUGCCAGGACCAGGGUUAAAGGAGGAGAGUAUAGGACUGUUGAGAAAUUCACAUCUUUCAGAAGUGAAAGUAGCAGGAUGAGAUUAGAGACAUGGUUUCUGCUCUUCCAGGGGGCCCAAGUUUGAGCCUCAGCCCCCUUGUUGAGUGGCUCAAAAUCACCUGUAACUCCAGUGCCCCCAGGAGUUCUAAGUACCCUCUUCUGCCUCAAUAAGCACAUGCAUACAGAUAAACAGAUACAUGUAAAUGAAUAUAUACAUACAUGUAGACAAAACACUCAUAUAUAAAAUAAUAAAUCAAUUUUUAAAAAUAUUUUUAAAGAAAAUAUUAGCAGGCGAUGAGGUUGAGAUUGGUCCCAUGGGGACAGGUGGUAGGUGUCUGUCAGGCACUGUGAAGACUCUCUAGCCCUGACCUGGUGGUAAAAGGCUGUGUGUGCAGGGAACUCA